AUGUUCCAUGCGCACAUUAGCGCUACAUUCUCACGUCGAGUCGUGGCGAGCGACGCCGCCGGUAGCGCGAACCGCACCGUUAAUCAAUCGCGACCGUGGGAGCUGGCCACGUGCGGACCUGCCCCGCGCCGCCGCCCCACCAGGCCACGACCUGCGGACGUGGUGAUCACUCGUCAUCAGUGUCAACCUUACAUCCAAGUUACGCAGCCCCGAGUCAAUGUCGCUAUUUAUAGAACAUCACAACCCUGUGAGUGA